AUGAAUAAAAAUGGUGGACCACCAGUUGCCAAUAUAACAACUUCAUCCACUACAAUCACAUCUACAACCACAACACAAGCAAAAUCACAAUUACCAUCAUCACUUUCGGUAAAUAAUUUACACACAACACAAGGUUCAACUGAUCAACCAACCAUUUUGGGUGUAACUGAGCCAAUUUCAACCGCUCCACCAUCAUCUAUUGAUUUUAAACUUUCCACUGAACUUGAGAAUACAUUAAUUUCUUUCAAUUUAUUUGAAUCACCAGAGGAGAGUAGAAAAAGAGAAGAGAUUUUAGGUAAAUUAAAUCAAAUUGUUAGAGAAUGGGCAAAACAAGUUAGUUUAAAAAAGGGUUAUCCAGAACAAACUGCAUCAGAAGUUGUAGCAAAAAUUUUUACAUUUGGUUCAUAUAGAUUGGGUGUACAUGGCCCAGGUAGUGAUAUUGAUACACUUUGUGUUGGUCCAAAACAUAUAAUGAGAUCAGACUUUUUUGAUGAUUUAUCAGAUAUUUUAAAAGUUCAUCCAGAAAUUACAGAAUUUACAACAGUCAAAGAUGCAUUUGUACCAGUUAUAACAAUGGUAUUUUCAGGUAUACCAAUUGAUUUAAUUUAUGCAAAAUUAGCAUUAACAGCAAUUCCAGAAGAAUUAAAUGAUUUAAUUGAUGAAUCAUUUUUAAAGAAUAUUGAUGAAAAGAGUAUUCUUAGUUUAAAUGGUUGUCGUGUGACUGAUCAAAUUUUAAAAUUGGUACCAAAUAUUCCAAACUUUAGAAUGGCAUUAAGAUGUAUUAAACUUUGGGCAAUUAGAAGAGGUAUUUAUUCAAAUAUUUUAGGAUUUUUAGGUGGUGUAUCGUGGGCACUUUUAACAGCAAGAAUCUGUCAACUCUAUCCAAACUCUGCACCAAGUACCAUCAUUCAUAGAUUUUUCAAGGUAUAUGAAAUUUGGAAAUGGCCAGCACCCAUUUUAUUAUGUCACAUUCAAGAGGGUGGUAUUUUAGGUCCAAAGGUUUGGAAUCCAAAGAGAGAUAAAGCUCAUUUAAUGCCAAUUAUUACACCAGCAUAUCCUUCAAUGAAUUCCACUUACAAUGUAUCCAAAUCAACAUUACAAUUAAUGAAGAGUGAAUUUGUUAGAGGUGCAGAGAUCACAAGAAAGAUUGAAACUGGUGAAUGUACUUGGAAGAAUUUAUUGGAGAAAUGUGAUUUCUUCACUCGUUAUAGUUUUUAUAUAGAGAUCGAUUGUUAUUCAAUGAAUGAAGAAGAUUCUAGAAAAUGGGAGGGUUGGAUAGAAUCCAAAUUAAGAUUUUUAAUUUCAAACUUAGAGUCUACACCAAAGAUGAAGUUUGCUGUGCCAUAUCCAAAAGGAUUUACAAACAAUCUUCAUAAAGCAAAUAAUCCCGAUCAAAUUUGUACCUCUUUUUUCAUGGGUCUCUCUUUUAAUUUUUCAAAUACACCAGGUGCCGAUAAAAGUGUUGAUUUAACCAAAGCUGUGACUGAAUUCACUGGUAUAAUUAAAGAUUGGCUUAGAACUCAACCAAAUCCUGAUACAAUGGAUAUUAAAGUACAAUAUAUUAAAAAGAAACAACUUCCAGCUUUUGUAAAGGAUGAAGGUCCUGAAGAACCUGUAAAAACUACAAAGAAGAGAUCUUCAACUGGUGAACCUUCUGCAACUAGAAAGAAAUUAAAAAGUGAAAAUUCUGAUAAUAAAUUAAAUUCUCCAAAAUCUCCAAUAACUACAAAUAUUAAUUCUACACCUACUACUUCCACUCCUACUACUACUGCUAAUACUACCACUAAUACUACCACUGCUACUACUACUACCACUACUACAACUGUUCCGAUCACUUCCACACCAACUUCAAAUAUUUCUUCACCAACUAUGAAUUCUACAGAGUUAACUACACCAACUUCAACCUCUACAACAACUUCAAAUGAUUCAAUUACAACUCCUCCUACCACUACAACUAUCAACUCUGUACAACCACCAUCUGCACAACCAACCGAAAAUGGUUCAUCAACAUCUAAUUCACCAACAUCUACUUCAAUAAAUAAUACCGCAUUACCACCCAAUCCAACCACAAACAGUGAGUCAACUAUUGAAACAACAAUAACCCUACCAACAACAUUAGAGUCACAAACAUCAACAUUAAAAGAUAGUAACGAAAUAUCCACCAAUGGUACAGCAGUUGCAACUGAACCAACAAUUACUUCACCAUCUGUAAAUAUAAAUGAAUCAUCAACAUCAACAUCAACAACAACUACAACAACAGUAACCGAACAACAAAUUCAAACUGCACCAACAACUGCUACUCCAAUAAAUAAAACCAUUGUAAACACUAUGGAAGUUAAUGAAUUAAGCUUCAUUUCAUCUUCAAGUGAAACUUCUCAAUCUAAACCACCACCAAAGAAACCAACUAUCAGUAUUAUUAGAGGCAAUUAA